AGAGACGUCCCUGCUUAGUCAUUCAAUAUUUUCGCAAUCAUGUAGUUGUUUAUUGUUGGUAAAUCGAUUGUAUGAAUAAUUACUGAAAUCCCAGUACAAAUUUGAGCAAAGAUGCGACUCAUACAUACCUCCGUAAUCGUCCUAAGCUUAAUUUUUUCAUCGGCCAGUGGCGGAGGUCUAAAUCCUGUAGUUUUCAUACCUGGAGACGGUGGCUCGCAGUUGGAAGCGAAACUAAACAAAUCCGCAGUGGUGCACUACUUAUGCCAGAAGACGACCUCUUCCUACUUCAACAUUUGGCUCAAUCUGGAACUGCUGACUCCGGUUAUAAUCGACUGCUGGAUUGACAACGUUAAGCUUAAAUAUGACAACGUUACCCGCAAGACGUCGAAUAUGGACGGGGUCGAUAUCAGAGUGACCGGUUUCGGGAAUACCGAAUCCGUCGAGUACUUAGAUCCUAGUCAUGCUUCUAGCGGCUAUUAUUUUAAGGAUAUAGGAAACGCUCUAGUUAAUUUAGGAUACGUUCGAAAUUUGAGUGUGCGGGGUGCUCCGUUUGACUUCCGAAAGGCCCCAAAUGAGAAUCAAGACUAUUUUAUUCAACUAAGAGAGUUGAUUGAAGCUACUUACACAGCAAACAAUAACACGCCCAUUAUACUUAUAGCGCAUUCGAUGGGUGGCCCGAUGUCUAUUUAUUUCCUAAGUAUACAAUCCAGUGCUUGGAAGGCGAAGUAUAUCAAAUCACUAGUCAGUCUGUCGGGAGCAUGGGGUGGAACGGUGAAAGCUGUAAAAGUUUACACCAUCGGUGACAAUUUGGGAUCUUACUUUCUACGUGAGAGCGUAAUGCGACAGGAACAAAUUACUUCACCCAGCCUCGCAUGGCUGCUCCCUUCGCCGUACUUCUGGCACCAAGAUGAGACACUCGUUCAGACCGAGCAUAAAAAUUACUCAUUGAGGAAUCUUCAGGAGUAUUUCAAGGAUAUUCAAUUUAUGGACGGCUGGGAAAUGAAGAAGGAUACUGAUCCGUUCCGUAUAAACAUUACGGCGCCCGGAGUGGAGGUGCACUGCUUGUACGGCAUUAAUGUUCCUACAGUUGAGAAGCUGUAUUAUAAACCGGGUGCCUGGUUGGACGGGUAUCCGGUGCUGAUAAACGGGGAUGGUGACGGUACGGUUAAUCGCCGUUCUCUAGAAGGCUGUAUGCUUUGGCAGAGAAUGCAAAAGCAACCCGUGCACGUGGUACCUAUGCGCAAUGUGGAUCAUAUGCAAAUUCUCAAUUCAGGCAGUGUGAUAAGCUACAUUACAAAUUUAAUGAAAUUAAGUUAAUUUAAUUUAUGCCAUUAUUCUUCCCGUAUAUUUUAGAAAGAUGUGAUAUUUUUAUAUUUUGUUAAUAUUUUACCUUGAAUAGAUUAAACAAAAUCUAUGUGGAGUAGUUAUGAUUUUAUGUUUGUAGUGAUAUUUAGAUUUACUCACACCAUAUCUUAUAAUAGUUUUUAUUUGACAAAGCUGUUCUCUAUGACUAAUGUGGUUACAAGCUGCUUUCCACUAUGUAAACUACCUUCUGUAUUAAUACUCCAUUAUGUUAUAGAACUAUUGUUCCUAAAAAGUCUAAUAAAUCGACCGUUAAAUUUA